AUGUGUGUAAGUCUAUUAGAAGGUUCUUUGAAAGAACCUGGAAUGUUUUGUUUUGCCAGUGAAUUGCUCAAAGACUUAAGGGAACUGACAGAAGUCAUUGAUCUUUCUAGGUUUAAAAAAUUAAAAUACUUAUGGCUGCAUCAUAACAAGCUCCAUGGAAUAACAUUUCUAACUAGAAACUAUUGUUUGGCAGAACUAUAUCUAAACAACAAUGCAAUAUUUGAUAUAGAAGGUCUGCACUAUUUGCCUUCAUUGCAUAUACUCUUGCUACAUCACAAUGAGUUAACCAACAUUGAUGCAACAGUGAAGGAAUUAAAGGGAAUGCUAAAUCUGAAGACUCUAAGUCUCUACCAAAACCCUUUGUGCCAAUACAACCUGUACCGUUUAUAUAUAAUCUACCACCUUCCAGGAGUAGAGUUGCUUGACCGAAAUCAAGUUACAGAAAAAGAAAGAAGAUCAAUGAUUACAAUUUUUAACCAUAAAAAGGCUCAUAUUGUUCAGUCAAUAGCAUUCGGAGGAAAAGUAGACGCCUCAUGGGAUCCUAGAUCACCAUUUAAGCAAAAACCAGCCCAGAGAGUACCUUCAGACUUCGCAUUUGCAAAUAACGUAGACAAAACUGUGUUUGAUGAUCCAGAAGAUGCUGUUUUUGUAAGGUCCAUGAAGCGAUCGGCAAUGGCGAUUACCUGUCUGAACUGGGACACAGUUCCAACACGAGAGGAAAAAUAUCUUGAAGAGAAUGACAGAGGACCCACACAAAUGCUCACAGUUACACUGAGAUAACAUUUGGGGUUUCUAGAAAUCCUUGUAGUUUUCAGUUAUAUAUUAAACAUUUCUGUGAUGAACACA